GAAUGACCGGCCAAUGCCAUUAAACGAACAUUCCUGGGAUGCCACGAUUUGUGGGAUUUCGACAAGCUUUUCCCACCGUCUGACCAAGAUCAGCCUCCAAAAGACCGUUCCUGUCGUAAACCGGUUUUUAGCAUUCCGCGGUGGUCGGUGGCAAAGGCUUGGCAUCGAUCAUUGCUUGUUGCUUAGCAAGGACCCCAACGACACCAUGGAGCGCAGCCAGUCACGAAUCACAACACCAAGAAACUCAUCUAGGGUCCAUAUCCACUCUUUCACCAUUAUCCUGCCCAAUUCCCGGCCAUUCUUGCCAUAUGCUUACAAGGAUUAGACUUUAGCGGCGAGAACCGAACUGCCUGUAUCUCACGACGAUUGGACAAAAUGUUUGCCAAUACCUCCAGGGAUUCCCUGCUGGCGCCAGCCAUCCGCCGUCUCUUUUCGUCUGCUGGCUGACGAUCUUUGCUCUGUUCCUACUUCGCUCGCUGCGGUCCCUCACAUCCUCUCCCCGGUCACCGUGACCCUUCGUGCAGUUUCCGAGAGAAAACCACACAAACCUCGCGACAUCCCCGGAUGCCUCCAGCAAAUUCAGAAUCGUCCAGACCAGCCUAACCAGGCCAACUCACCGUUUCUCCGCCCGCAACGGCACCAAACCCGUCCAUGCCUCCUCCGCCGGGCACAGCCACCGGCAACCACCUGGCCUGCUGGCGUGACUCGCGACGGGGAUGCCACUGGAGCGGCGCCGUUCACCUCGCGCCAGAACGGUACCUUAUCCUUACGAGGUGGCACGGGUGGGAAGCUCUCCGCAAUAAUCCCCCGGGUUUGCCAAUGACGUCGCAGCGCAUUCUUGUCGCGAGCUCUCUGGAUCAACCCGAGCCUAUGAGCGAGACCAGGUUGUGUUAAAAUGCCUUCUAUCCUCUGCGACACCCCCAGAAAGGCGACUUUUGGAAAGAUGGGCACCAUUCAACCGUUGCUCCGUGGUGUCCCCUUGUUCAGUGACUCAAAUCUCGACUUGUAUAUCACUCUCGAGUUCGCCCCCAUUCAUGAAGCCACCAACUGUUGGCCUGACUUGAGUAGGGCUAUAGCUCUUGUGAUACUGCAACCCAGUCUCACUCAGCAAGUUUCAAGCAAGAGUCUCAUCGUUCGAUAAGACCUCAUUGUAGGAGCAACAAAAUUCUACCUCACAACUCCUCACUCUCGCCAAGCAACCUCGUACCCAGCUCUCAGCUCUCAGCUCUCACCUCACACCCAGCCCUGGCUUCGACAAGACGGAUCGAGUCUAUCGUAACAGGGCGUAACAUCAUCUGAUCUAAAUACGGGCAACACGACAUUAAAUCUCAAGAGCCCCAUUUCGGCGUCCGAAAAUAUCGCUUUGCCUUAGCAGCGUUUGGGCAGCCGCUCAUCGUGACCCUGGACGACAGAUUUGGUUGGCUGAGAGCGGCCGUUGAGCGCGCUUAGAAAACGAGCCUCACCCAAAUCCCCAUAUCCACCCUCACCGGGUGUCGCCAAACGAAACAAAGAUUUGGGCCAAGUCGAAGUAAUUUCCCUUCAAGGCCACGGCCAAAGGGCCCAUUGCUGGCUUUCUUUGGCAUUGUGGUGUGAAUCAAGUAAGCCGCCUUUAUUUUCUUUUCUCGACUUUGUUCCUAUUGUUGCGCGCCUAUUGCUGGGUGAUCCUGUGGACCUGGCCGUGUUAGUCGGCUUCCCUUUUAUUAUGCGUAUUGCCCAGUCAUUCCCAUCCUCUCUUGUCUCUGUCGUCCUUCCAAGUCAUCCUCGUCCUGUGUAUUCAUAUCUUCUCCCGAAAAAAGUACCCCACAAUGAAUGAAUAGAAGCUUGUUCAGAAAUCAGUGCUUGACGACUUUCCUUUGUCGCUCUCUUUCCUUCCUCACUUUUUCCUCUUUCCCUCUUCGUGUCGAGUGAUUCACCUAAUUUCAUCACCAAACUCCAACGAUUAAUUUCUCCUCGACGUCGAGCGCCGUUCUAUUCGCUUCAUUUCUUGCAUUCGCCUUUUUUCUUCCUUCUAUUUUAUCAUUCAUUUUUCUCUGCUGGCUCAGAAAUACUCGCAUCGGCUUCUUACAUUCUUCGAUAGAAUCAACAUGUUUUCCUCACGGAAUCGCAAGGAGGAGGCGGCCUACCCGGCCGUCCCCGACUCCCUCAGGUCGGACUCGCUCGAGAUGGCGGAACUUAGAAAGACGCAACAAGCGCGAGCCGACACUUCUCCCACCAUAACACCAUACCUCAGUCUCUCAGCUAGGCUCUCCCAGAUCUGGCUGAACCGCUGGACGAUACUACUACUGCUCGUACUACUCAGAGUCAUCUUGCUCAUCGCCAGCCUCAACGACAAUGUCGACGACGCGAAUCAAAAAGCACUCUCUGCUUGCACAAAGGUCGAAGAUAUUGGCAGCGCCAUGGCCUCGAUGCCUCACUAUCUCUCUGUCGGUGUCAACGAGCUGUCGGCAAAGGGCAUCGAGAAGACCCUCGACGGCAUGGUUGCUGCUCUGGGUCUGAUCCUCACCGGUGUUCAGAACCUCAUCAUCUUCGUCAUCAACAUGAUGACCUCGAUGUACACCUGCCUUAUCACUGCCUUCAUCCACGGCGGACUUGACGUUGCCUCCGAUGUCACCAAGAAGGUCACAGACGCCAUGAACAAGGUGGUUGGCGAUAUCAGCAAUACAAUCGAUUCCAAGGCUAAGAGCCUCUCGGACGGCAUCAACAAGGCCGUGGACGCAAUCGAAAGCUCCGUCCUCGGUAGCGUCCUGCCCGACUUUCCCAAAGUCGACUUCUCGGGGCCUAUCAACGACCUGCGCGACAUCAAGAUCGACUCCAGCGGCUUCGUCAGCGACAUCAAUAAGCUCAACGAUGACCUGCCUACCUUUGAGGAGGUUCAGAACCUGACGGCUCAGGCUAUCUCGUUCCCUUUCAACCUGCUCAAGCAGACCGUCAACGAUGCGUACAAGGGCUACAAGUUCGAUCGAUCAGUCUUCCCUGUCGCCCAGAAGCAGGCGCUGCAGUUCUGCUCGACCAAUAACAGCAUCUCCGACUUCUUUAACAACCUCCGAGACAUGAUCCAGAAGGCUCGCAUCAUCUUCAUUGUCGUUCUCUCCAUCUUGGCUGUGCUGGCUAUCGCACCCAUGGCCUGGCUGGAGAUCAGGCGCUGGAGACGCGAGCGAAAGCACGCUCAGAUCAUGGCCAGCCACCAGUACGACUCGAUGGAUGUGGUCUACAUUGCUUCUCGCCCAAUGACCGCUACCUGGGGUAUUAAGAUUGCUUCCAAGUUCAAAGGCCGUCGUCAGAUCUUGGUUCGCUGGGCCAUUGCGUACGCUACAUCACUUCCUGCUCUGUUUGUCUUGGCCCUUGCUAUCGCUGGCUUCUUCUCUUGCCUGUGCCAGUACGUCCUGCUCAAGGCUGUCGAAAGAGAGGUGCCCGCCCUUGCCAACCAGGUCGGCGAAUUUGCCGGCGAAGUCGUCACCUCGCUACAGGAUGUCUCCAAGCAGUGGGCUGAUGAUGCCAAUGGCGUUGUGCUAUCAACGCAGAACGAGAUCAAUCAGGACAUGCUCGGCUACGUCACGAACGCUACCUCGGCUGUCAACGACACGCUGAACACAUUCACCAACACCAUGACCACUGGUCUGGAGACUGUAUUCAAUGGCACCAUCCUUAUCAACCCCAUCAAGGACGUUAUUCGCUGUACCAUUGGUCUCAAGGUUGAGGCUGUCCAGAAGGGACUGACUUGGGUCCACGAUCAUUCGCAGAUCUCGUUCCCUCUUUUCGACAACGACACCUUCAGCCUCGGCGCUCAAGAGUCCAUCUCGGGCGACUCAGACCUCAAGACCUUCCUAUCGUCACCCUCAAGUGUGUCGACCGACGAGGUCACUGGCGCCGUGACUCAUGUUACCGAUAUGCUUCGCCGGGGCAUCAUCAAGGAAGCGCUCAUCUCUACCGGCAUUCUUCUCGUCUACGUCAUUGUCGUCCUCAUCGGCAUCAUCCGCGCCUUGGUCGGCAUGGCCAUGCCCGACAAAGGCCGUGGCGAGGGCGGGUUGCGCUACACCGGAGACGACCGCCCAGCCAUGAGCCCGCGAAGCCCUCCCAGAUCCCAUGACAACGACUCUCGCUUCCCACAGUUCGGUAGCGAUGCAUCUGCCGUGGGCGAUGACCACUACUCGGGCAUGCGAGAUGAGAAAGCGCUGAAGAAGACGAGCGUGCAGAGCGGCAGGGCGCAGCCGACGGAGGGUCAUCAACGACAAAGUUCGUAUGGGCACCUCGACACAGCAUCAUCAACCAAGUUUUAGAAUGGUAUCUACGAAGUAUCGACAAGAGAAAGACGAAAAGACAAAAAAAAAGAAACAGACAGAGAUUGGAGACCUUGAUACCUCCGGCCUGGGCUGGACCGAACGCCGAGAGAUACCCCUCAUUUACGACAGGUCUGAAAGAGAUAAUACGAAGAGCAUGAUAUUCGGGCGUUGAAGCAUGACUAUCAGGUAUAUUUCAAUUUUUUGAUGGAACGGGAAAGGAAUGGAGAGGGAAUACUUCAAAAAGAUACCAACGGCUCAGUCGCCGCACCGUUUGCUUUCGAUUCUACAACGGAUCUCAUUUUUUGCGCUCUGAUUGACACCAGUCAUCAAACUUUUUCAUUCUCUGGAAUGAACUUUUGAGUAUGCAGCGGCGUCACCGACUGC